GGACCGAUGUGUGACCUGCUAUGGUCGGACCCGGAUGAUCGCGGCGGAUGGGGCAUCUCGCCUCGCGGCGCUGGAUACACGUUCGGACAGGACAUAUCGGAGACGUUCAACCACAGCAACAACCUGACUCUCGUCUCGCGAGCCCACCAGCUCGUCAUGGAGGGCUACAACUGGUGCCACGAUCGUAACGUCGUCACCAUCUUCAGCGCGCCCAACUACUGCUACAGAUGCGGCAAUCAGGCAGCUAUCAUGGAGCUAGAUGAUGCUCUCAAGUACUCAUUCCUACAGUUCGACCCGGCACCGCGCCGAGGAGAGCCUCACGUGACGCGCCGUACACCGGACUACUUCCUGUAGAGAGAACGACGACCUCCCUUAGAUCGCGCGCGCGGGGUUGCCGCGGCAACGUCACCGCGGCGACGUCGCGCGUCGCUCGCCCCCCGAUUGUCCUGCGUGCGCGCGCGCUCGCGGCGCUGCAUCCAUGUACAGAUUCACAAUCGUCGCGCGAUAGUAGAGGAUGCUUCAGCGACCGCUGCUGUUGCCGCGGCGACGACCGCACCGCCGCUAUACGUGUAACCGCACUCUCGUCAGUCUCUCGUCCGAGCGGGCGCGCAUCGCCACGGCAACCGAGGCUUCGUUCGUACCGGAGCGAUGUCGGCAGACUCCGCGAUGCCUCGCGCGGCGGGCGAUCGCCACCAGGGGGGCGUACGCGAGCACGUAGCCGUUACGAUCGUUAAUACAUACAUACAUACCAGUGGACGUGAAUGUGUAGAGAAAAAACAAUAACAACACAAAAUAAACGAUAUGUACGCUUGUCGGUUCUUCAACGAUCUGGCGGACGCUCCGCCGUGAUUAUUCGGGCGCAUUUACCUCGUUGGCUUCGUCGCCUCCGCAUGUUUUUUUCGUCGCGCGAGAAACCGUCUGCCGGUGGUCACGGAUAGGUGGCGCUGUCGCGGGAACACGCCCCCCUCCCCCCCGCGCGCACGCUAGGUGAGCUUUAGUGGCAGUGUUUUUGUUUUAUUUAAUUGCCCAAAAGCAAGGCCGCUGCAAGCUGCCUCCGCCGCCGCCUCGCAUUGCUUAGAAAUGAUUUUUAGAAGCGAAAAAAAUGAGUCGGCGCCAUUGCAACGACGACGAUAUAGGAACUAGUUGAUAUUUUGUUAAGCGAUGGCUAGUGAGUUGUGUCAAUUCGUUCGUUUGUUCGUUUUUCCUAUUUUAACCUCGCGCUUUACUAUCACCAUCAUGUAAACAGGACAAUAAAACUAUAAUAAACUGUAAAAAAAACUUAAUAAUUGAA